AUGCCGCGAGAGAUAUUCCUAUCCCUUUUGGGGAUCCUCGUCGUGGGCGCAGAAGGAUUGAAGUGCGGCCAUCCGGCCGUGCCGAUGAACGCAAAGGUGUCGUUGUCCGACGAAUCCUUAGCAACUGGCACUUUAGCGACGUACACAUGCGACGCCGGAUACGAAUUAUUCGGCAGCGGCAGCCUGACGUGCAACGCUCGAGGAAAAUGGCAAGGAGAUCUACCAUUUUGCGGUACGAACGUCGCUUUCCGGAAACCGACCAAUCAAUCGACGACAGUUCGCGGGGGAGACGCGAGCCACGGAAACGACGGUGAUUCCAGCACCGAACACGACGGGAAGAGAUGCACGGAGACGCAAAGCGAGCCUAGCCCAUGGUGGAAGGUCGAUCUUCUCAAGUCGUAUUCGGUAAAAGUGGUCAGAGUAACGACCAGAGGUUGCUGCGGUCAUCAACCCCUUCAGGACAUCGAGAUACGCGUCGGCAAUAGCAGCGUGGAACUUCAAAGGAACCCUUUGUGCGCCUGGUUUCCCGGCACGAUUGAAGAGGGUAUCACGAAGACUUUGGUGUGCGCCAGAGCUCUGAUCGGUCAGUAUGUGUUCUUACAGCUGGUCGGGGUCGAGGGAAGCUUGAGCCUGUGCGAGGUGGAGGUGUUCGCUGUGGACGAGUUCUCGACGGACAGGUGCGCGUACAGCGGAACGCCGGCUGACGCCGACUUGGCCGCGUUCAAUUCCACCUGUUACGAGUUCGUGGUGAAGAAGGGUGGCUCGUUUCAAGAGGCCAGGAAUUACUGUCGAACCAGAGGCGGUGAUCUAGUGCACGGUUUCAAGGGUGCAGCCUCGGUGUACAUAUUGAACAAUCUCGAGAGGCGAAAGGAGAAACUGAAGACGCAGCUGGUUUGGAUUGGUGCUCAGAAGGAGCCAUUGAUAACGGUUCGAACUUGGCGAUGGGUCGACGGCGAGAUUGUGCAAAAGCCGUCCUGGGGAAAGGAUCAACCGAAUAAUUAUAACGGCGAGCAAAAUUGCGUAGUGCUGGACGGUGGUCGUAGCUGGCUCUGGAAUGACGUCGGCUGCAACCUUGACUACUUGCAUUGGAUAUGUCAAAGCAGACCACCUACCUGUGGUAGCCCAGAAAAGUCGGAGAACACAACGGUAGCAGGUGCGAAAAGGACCAUAGGCUCCACUGUAGACUACGUUUGCCCGGAUGGAUACAUGCUGAUCGGUUCGAAAAGCAGAAUGUGCGAGCCAAGCGGAUUUUGGAGUGGCAUGGCGCCCACGUGCAAAUUCGUCGAUUGCGGUCCUCUACCCGAGCUGGAGAACGGCGCUAUCACGCUAGUCGAUAAAAGAACGACUCACGGAGCGCUCGCUGAUUACGCUUGCAAAGAAAACUACACGCUACUCGGUGACGCUAGAAGAAGAUGCGGGGACGGUGGUAUCUGGAGUGGACAUCAGCCUCAAUGUUUAUUCGACUGGUGUCCCGAACCACCGCAAAUUAACGGCGGCGUGGUGACAACCACCGGGAGAAGAGCAGGCUCGACCGCUACCUAUUCCUGUCAGAACGGCUUUAUUUUAUUCGGGGAUAAUGUUCUUACGUGCGACGUCGGCGGGGAAUGGUCCGGCAAAGCGCCCCAAUGUCGAUUCGUCGAUUGUGGAGCACCUCCUCAAAUUGAAUUCGGCUCCGUGACCCUAAUUAACGGCACCACCACGGUGAAAAGUUUCACCGUGUACACGUGCUUGGAGGAUUACUGGCUGGUCGGUGAGGCGAAACAAGAGUGCACCAAAGAGGGGAAAUGGAGUCACGAUACUCCGUCGUGCGAGUUGAUCACGUGUGAAGAGCCCGAGGUAACAGCCGGAAGCUACGUCGUCGGAUACGAUUUGAACGUCCACAGCGUGAUUGAGUACCACUGCGAGCCAGGAUACCUACUUCAAGGCGAAGCCAGACAUACUUGUGGCAGAGACGGCGAAUGGUCCGGAGAAGUGCCGACCUGCGAGUACGUUGAUUGCGGGAAAGUUCUGCCCGUGCUGAACGGAGCCGCGGAUUAUGUGAAUGGAACGACGCAUCUCGGAAGUGAAAUCACGUACAGCUGCACGAAAAACUACAGGCUGAACGGAGUGUCGAGAAGAUACUGCUUAGACAAUGGUCAAUGGAGCGACGCGACACCAAAGUGCGAAGAAAUUCGUUGUCCCGAGCCAGUUUACGCGGAACACGGGAUCUUGUCGGUGACUGGGAACGAUCGAAUGUACGGUAGAACGUUAAUUCGUACUGGAACACCGGAGAAUUCUAAUACCGGCGCGACUUCUUACAAGAUCGGCGCUCUUGCGAAAUACCGCUGUGAAAGAGGAUACAAGGUAGUCGGAGAACCUUUAUCCACUUGCGAGGACAAUGGAAAAUGGAGCGGCGAGGUUCCACGAUGUGUCUACGUCGACUGCGGCAAACCGGAACACAUUCAGCAUGGAAGAUACGCGUUAACGUCAAACGCGACUUAUUACGGAGCAGCUGCGCUCUACGAGUGCGACGGUAAUUUUGAACUGGACGGAUUUGCCAGAAGGCUCUGCCUCGAGAACGGCACCUGGAGCAGCGACACUCCAGUUUGCAAGGAGAUUAGGUGCAAAGACCCUGAAAAAGAAGGUGUACUAUCCACGCAAGUUUCAACUCAUAGCGUGGGUGGAGUGGCUCACUAUAGUUGUCCACGUGGAUUCUAUAUGGAAGGCAACGAAACUAGAGUGUGCUUGCAGAACGGUUCGUGGAGUGGAAGCACACCUGCCUGUUUCUCGGUCGAUUGCAAGCAUCCAGGCCCCAUAGAGAACGGGAGAGUGAUAGUGGUGAACGGGAGCACUACUUACGGCGGAACCGCAGAAUAUCACUGCUUACCGCAGUACGAGAGAGCGGGGCCGUUUUUGAGAAAAUGUUUGGACACCAGCGUAUGGAGUGGCGAAGAACCCAAGUGCGAAUUUAUGCCGAAUGAAGUGCCGGAAGCGCAAGGAGUAGGUACCAGCGUUGGUAUUGGAGCGGGAGUUAUUAUAUUUAUUCUAAUUAUUCUUGGACUCGUUUAUCUAAGGCUGAGGAAAGCUACACCGGUGAAAAAUACGGAAAAUGUCCAAGCAGCUGAAAGAAAGGAAGAUCAAAAUGCUGCUGUUAUGUCUUACGCCACUCUCAACGAUGGCACGCCUAACACUAUGUACGAAAACGUUCCAGAGGAUGGUCUUUACGAUAGUCCUUAUAGCCUAAGUGGCAGUACCUACGGGUACGGCACCAACGUGAGAAGACAUUACGGUAGGUCGGGACAUUACGAGGCGGAGCCGGUUUCAAACAGAAACGGCAUUACGAUUAACGGAGUGUCUGUGCGAUAG